UUUAUAUUUUGUGACUGUCAUGUCAAUAACAAAUAGUCUGUGGUCAAUAACAAAAUUUAAAGUGAUCUGUAAUCUGUGUUAUCAAAUCAACAGUCUCUGAAAUCCACUGAGAAGUCAUGUUAUCUUUAUUUUUGCAAAAUAUAUUUUAUUAAACGAAAAAUCCGUUUGUAUUUUCUACACAAUAACUUAGGUGAAUAAGAAAUUUAAUAUUCUUAGAACUUAAGAAAUUAUGUGUCUCUUGAUAAACUUAUGACUCAUUUUAGGAUGAGUGAAUCAUGUGUCGAGACUCCAGAGGCGCCGGCCUGGCUUUCCAAGUUAGAAAGCCAACGAGAAAAACUAAGUAAAGCUCGAUUAGGACAUGAUAGUGGAGCUGGAGCACCAUGCAACUCAUGUGGUAUUUAUAAGUUUUGCACUAAGGAGGAUGUGAUUUAUCUAAUAUUUGAUAACAGUAUUAGAGCAUGAUAAACAAAAAGAAACAUUGUAAUAUAUAUUUAUAGAUAAGUUUAUUAUAUGCUUGUUAAUAUUGCUUCAGUAAAACCUAUAGUAUAUUUUUUGUAUGACCACACAAAACUUUUUACAGAAUAGUCUGAUUUAAUACUUUUCAGCUGUGAUCGUUGAAGUAAAGCAACUUUCGCAGUGGUCAGUCAUUGGAUGGGUGACCAUAAAUUUACUAUCUUGAGCUACUACGUACUUCGGAAGGCUCGUUAAGCCAUUGGUCCCUGGUGCAUCUGCAGUUGUUAGCACCCACCAAUCCACGCUGGGCCUGCUUGAUGGGUCAUGGCCCAAACUCCCUAUUCCAUCCAUAGGGAAGGCCCAAGCCCCAGCAGUGGGGACAUUAAUAGGCUGAUGAUGAUGAUGAUGAAACCACCAAAAAGUAAAAAAUAUUAAACCUCAUUUAUCUUUAGUCAAAUUAAUAUUUGGAGUUGGUGCCAUGCAUGUCUGAUAGAUCUGAGUUCCCAUUUACUACUUGGGUUGGCAUGGCACCAAUUCCAACUAUUAAUUUGGAGUUAGACUAAAAUUACUUAAUUUGAAAAAGGUUUUUUUUACUUUUUGGUGGUUUUUUGCUGUCAAAAAGUUUUUUUUAUCAUAUAGAAAAAUAUUGAGUUUUAUUUAUUAAAAUAGGUCCCUCUUGCCCUGGAUUGGAUUUACAUUUUUGGAGGAAAGUGUGCCGCUCAUGCCACUGCAGCAAAGAUGUACAUGAUGUUCAAGAUGAUGACUUAUCAGGAUGGGCCCAGUUUGAAUUACUAGGAACUGCAAGGCCUAAGAAAGGUUCUUUACCAUUGAUAAAAAUCAGGGGAGUCACUGAUAAACCAGUCAAAUUGGAUUGGGUUCCUCCAAAUGCUUCAACUGAGUUGAGGAAAAGCUGGGAGUCACCUGACAAACAUAAUUUUAGCAAAGCUGAAAAUUUCCAAAUGAAAAUAAUAAUAUUUAUAGAAAAAUGGUUACCAAAAUUCUACAAUUCUUAGGAAAAAAGCUGCAAAUUUGAUCUCCUCCGGAUCGCUCCAACUCAGACGAGUAUAUCACAAACUGUUUGUUGAAAUAUAUUAAUAUAUGGUUAAAUUAAUGUGGGUAAAACUGCUGGGCAUGGCUAGUGAUUUAUACCAACUUUCAUAGUAAGCACAAAACAAAGUUGUUCCUGCUGGGUGUAUGCACAGAUCUUUUAAACUAUAUAUGGUAUUGAAAGCAGUUUUCUGAUUGAAUAAUUUUACAGGAAAGUUUAUAUGCAAGUAUAAUAUAGCAGAAAAUAAUAAUUCCGUGAGUGUCGUAGAACGCUCAAUUGAAAUAAAGUUAAAUAGAUAGAAGAUAUUUAUAUACCACACUGCAUUGGGCCCACGUGGCGAGUCCAAUCAGCAUGGUGGGACAUGGCCCCGACCGUCCCAUUCCUUCAAACUAUUAAACAAAACUUUAAACCAAGUCCACUAUCCACCAUCGUCAGUGGUCACCCACUUAGCUCUCUAUCUGGCUACUUAUCCAGCUGCCUAGCUAGGUUGUGAAGAAAGGAUCUUACAAAUUUUUCAUCUAGCCAUACUGCUGAAUUUUCUUCCAAAAAUUACAGUCUUUACUGAAGUGAAGGGAGGAGGUAUCAAAAUUUUAUUGCAUUAAAUAAAGUUUGGGCAUUUCAUUGCGUGUGCGUUUCAGGCUGGGGAGGAUCGCUAGGGUUAGGUAUAUGGUUUUGUAGCUUUUGACUUUUGACAGCUUCGUGACAUAUCGUCAUAUUAAAAUUUUGAAUGUAAAAGCUAGUUUGUUCUUACGUCCGUUAGGCGCUGCUUAGUUUUCAUAGAAACUUUGACGAUGGGAUAUAUUAUAUUGCCGGAGCUGGCAUUAAAUUCGUUUUCGGCCCUUAAGAGUGUGCUUUGACGAUGGGAUAUAUUAUAUUGCCGGAGCUGGCAUUAAAUUCGUUUUCGGCCCUUAAGAGUGUGCGUUUGUUCAGGUAUCGGAGUACAUGUCAUGCCUGGGCCCGUUGGCGCCGGUGUCGGGGUCAGACGCGGCGCGGCGCCGGCGCGCCCAGCUCCGUACUCAGCUGCCGCCGCACGAUGUGGCGCCCGCCGUGAGGCAGCACGCCAACGACCAAGAGAAGUCCGAGCAUACGGUAUGUAACCCAACUAGCUAUGCAGGGAACUUUACCUGAUACCGCACGGCGUGGCGCCCGCUGCGAGACAACACGCCAACGACUAAAAGAAAACCGAGCAUACGGUAUGUUACCCAACUAGUUAUCUACGUAUCUUUACCUGCCGUCGCACGACGUGGCGCCCGCCGCGAGGCAGCACGCCAACGACCAAGAUAAGUCUGUCUUAACUUACUGAAUAGAAAGGAACCUACAGCUGGGUCCGCUGGUGCAUGUGUAGGGCUCAGAGGUGCUCCAUACGCCGAAGAUCACCGCAAGACAACACGCCAACGACCAAGAGAAGUCCGAGCAUACGAUAUGUAACCCCACUAGCUAUAUAGAAACCUUUGCAUGGGCCCGCUGGCGCCGGUGUCGGGGUUGUUAUAAAGUGAUAGAAAAGUUAGUUUUAUUGCAUCCUUUCCGUGAAUAUUAUGAAUUCCUAUUCGAAAAAUACUGAACAAAAAUAUUUUAUUUCUUGGUGCGUCUGUACAUUUUCCGGUUCGGCUCGAAGGACCACUUUGUCCAAUAAAUUAUUUUUGUAGUCACUUUUGUCUCUCAAUAUUUAGCAUCUAUCAUUGAUUUUGUUUAGAGUUCGUCAGUCAGUAGUCAACUAAUAAAAAUUUACACCUUUGUAUACUCCGUUUAUAACCAUAAAAAAUGAGCGGUAUGCGCGGUAGUUUAAAUUUUUGCUUGAUGACACUAUACUGUAUCCUGCCCAUGAUUAGUGUUCAAGUGCACAUUUAUUGGAUAGAUAAUUUAUGACAGAGUAUAUUUUUGAAAUACAAUGGGUGUUUUAAUUCAAUCGGUUUCUUUUUCAGGAAUAUAUAACAAGAAUAAAGGAUCAUGUUGUGGGUAUGGGUAACGUCGUUCGUGUAGGACCUCUUCAAAGCGGGGAAGUUUAUUCAGUUGAGAACAGCAAGUCUCACACUGCUCCCAAAUCAUACGCGCUUCCAUUGAAAAUUUCUAACGUAUCUAGAGGCGUAAAGUAUAACAUUGUACCGAAAAAUGCCUCUGACAAGAAACUUGUAUUAGAUUCGCAAGGCAAUGUAGUAAGCAGUGCUGCCAAUCUACCCGACUAUAAAGCUUGCCCAAUAUUGAGCCGAAUUGUAAAAGAUAAACUACAUGUGAUGCGCAUAGAAUCAGACAGAAUAAAAAGCGCCGUAGAACAUGGGCCUGUGUACGAUAAACUAUUCAAGAACUUAAAUGAUCUCGGUAUGCCAGUCGCUAACGACGUUUAUUUACAGCCAAUAAAACUCUUCCGUGAUGAAUAUAAUAAAAACCCGCAGUUCCGUGAAGAGACAAACGAUUUUGUUAGUAAAGUGCUCGGAACGCAAAUUAUGCCGGAUCUUUGGUCGACUACUAAUAACAAUGUUAUGGGCAAUGCUAAAUUAAUUGACAGCAGAAUACAGAAAGGUACUAUAUUUGCGCCCAAUGGAGAGAUAUGGAGCUGGAAACAUGAGCCAACCACACCCGAACAUAGUGGAAUCAUCUGUUCUACGAAGAUCAGCCCGCAGUAUUCAACUACUACUAAACCCUUGAACCAGGUCGAACCUCAACAGACAGCUCCUUUGAGGGAAUAUCUUCGCACUCAUUCUGAGGAUGAGUUGCCGCCACCUCCCUUACCAAACUAUAGCACAUAUCCAGGUGCUAUACCGCCCCCAGCUACCGCUAAUGACUGGUCUUCACACACAAAUGAUAACGUCCAAAAUGAGGAAGGUAAUGAUAAUGUAGUUUCAGAAAGUUCCAAUUAUGGUGAGCAACUAGACCCAAUCAUUAAUCAGUUAACAGACAUGACCCUCAGUCCCGCCGAAUUGGAGUUUAACAGGAAAUUGUAUAAUGAGGGAGUGCCAUGUCAACGUUGCAAGAAAUCUAUGUUCGCUGGCGAAGUAGCGGUCAAGGCAGAGAGGGCUGGCCAAGAGGCAAUCUGGCAUCCACAGUGCUUCACUUGUAGCAAAUGCGGGGAACUUUUGGCUGACCUCGUAUACUUCUUUUAUAAAGGGGAGAUUUAUUGCGCCCGAGAUUUAGCCAAUGUAUUGGACAUACCACGCUGUGCUGGGUGCGACGAGCUGAUUUUCACUCGUCCAUAUACUGCAGCGGAGGGCAGAGCGUUCCAUGUGCAACACUUUUGUUGCUACCAUUGUGAUGCGCCACUCGGUGGUUCGAAGUACGUUCCUGAUGAUAAGACUGGUUUACCCAUUUGUCUCUCUUGUUACGACCAGUUUCACGCAGAACGCUGUCGCGCAUGUGGCGGUGUUAUUGGCCCUGAGCAGCAGGGUGUAUCUUGGAGCAAUACGCAUUGGCAUGCUGAUUGCUUCAUAUGUUCUGGUCGCAUGUGCGGCAAGAGUUUAUUGAGUGGUCGUUUUGUUGUGAAGCAAGAGAUGCCAUUUUGUAGUGUGCCUUGUAUUCAAAGUAGAAUUAAGUAACAGAGGUGGACAAUAAUUUUGUAACUUAACCCCUUAUUGGAAAAUAUGGACUAAAUUAAAACAGAAUUGCUCUCAGAAUCCUUAGCAAAAAAAGUUCACAGUAACAUUAACAUUCAAAUUUAAAAACAAGUAAUUACUUCUUGCUAAGUACAGUAGAAUCCGUUUAUUAUGACUCCGCCUAUAUUGACCAACCGCCUAUUAUGACGUAAUUACACAACGAAGUUUGGUUUUCAUAUAAAAUUCAUUGUAACAAUGUCGGAUAUAAUGACUUCGCUUACAGUGACAUGUCGCUUGUUAUGACCGACAUGGUACUUUACACCUACGGUAAUGUCCGUUGAUUCAAAUUGAACAUCAAGCAUUGUUUUUAGUGAUAUGCUAUGUAAAAAAAUGUCAUCUCAACGUCGUAAAGCAUUUACGACUGAAGAAAAAGGUGCAAAGCAUAUUAUUAUGCUGAUUAGAAAAUGGAGAUUCAAACUCAUCUCACAAUAAAAAAAGUUUCACAAAAAUGCUUUGUAUGACGUCCGCUUAGUAUGACGUGUUUGCUGAUUCCCUUCGAAGUCAUAAUAAACGGAUUGUACUGUAAUCAGAACAUUACUAGACACAUGAAUUCUUGAAUAAAAACAAAUGAUUAGGGGCUUAGUAACGAAAAUGGUUUCUAUUCCUUACCUUGGUCAAAUUCUUAAGUAUUAAAUGAAAUACGUUGGUCAAGUAAUUACUUAAACAGAAGUAAUUACUUUUACUAGUCUAUACGACUACUGCGGAAGGAUCAUACUUUAGGACGACGCCAAACGAGCUAUUUUUUUGUGUUGGAAGUCGCGUAAUUUCGUCGCGGAAAUUAAUUUGCAUUUGGUUUCAUAGAAAAUUCCUACUCGUUUUGCGUCGCGGUCUCACGGUCUGUAUCAAACAGGACUUUUCUAUGAAACUAAAUGCAGCUUAAAUUAUACGACUCACAACUCGAAAUAACCUCUCUGCGCUCCGCGUUGCUUGCUUGUGCAGUCGGGUAAAAAUACGCUCAUUUGACUUCACCCUCACUCAUUGUUUUGUAUUAAUGUUAAUGAUAAAUUAUUAUCAUUAACAUUAAUACAAAACAAUGAGUGAAUGUUCAAAAUGCAAAUAUUUGAUAGUAUACAUCUUCAUAUCAUCUUAAAUACUUUAUACACUUUUACUAUAUUAAUAUACUUUUUAUGACAUUUGUCACAUGUUGUAAGUAUAUUUACACAAGAAUUUACAGUUUAAGGCCUUAUAUUUAAGUUGAGGUGGACAGUAAUGUAUUGGAAUAAAUCGGUUGGAGUGGAUGUCGUUUUAAAGAACGUCAAAAAAUGACUGUUAUACAUUUUGACUUAAAAUAGAUCAUAUUUUUUUAAUAAUGAGCCCAACAGGGAAAAGAAAAUGAUAUUUUUUAUGGUAUUAUAAGUAAUUGUGUCACAACUAGGGACCAUUUCUUUGUUUAGAUAUACUCUUAAUUAUAUAGAAUAAGAAUAUUUUUGAUAGGUACAUAUUCAUUAUAUUGGUACAUGCGGUAGUACCAAACUACCUUAAAGUAGGAACAAACAUUCCUUUACAUUUAUAUUGUUCUUUCCGCUGUAACUUUUAUAUUUUUGGGAUGUCUGUCAAUCAUUGUUAAUUCGAUCGGCCAAUAAUAAGUAUUCAUUUAUAUUUGAUUCCAAAUUUAAUCACUCAGUGCCAUUAGAUAACGAAAAUAUAUUUUGUAUGUUAUAUUAACUUUGUUAUUAUUUCAUGCAUGACCUUGUCCACAAUAACUCGAGAAUAUUGCUGUUUAUAUGUCCUCGAAAUAUGUCCUGCUGAAACAGCAACAAUUUUGUAGCAUUGUUAUGAAAAUAAGUUAAUACAGGUAGAUUGGUCUAUGCCACUUAAACCAAAGUUUACUUUCUAUGUCUUUCAGCCCCCUGAGGCUCAAUCAAACGUUUUUUUUUGUACCCAUUGCACAUUGAGAGAUGAGGACAAUAUAAAAAACAAGAAACCUUCAUUGGCCUUUGAACCACAAGUCUACCCUAUCAAUUGACAAGCUUCCUUUAAACAACUCCAUUAUUAAACCAGUUUGGACGUCAUAUCUUUUAUGGAAGACCUAUAACUUUUUUCUCAAAUUAAUGCAGGUUUAACUGCAGGGCACCUAGUUCGUUAGUUUUACAAUUUAAUAGAAUGGAUUAAAAAAAAUCUAUUUGUUUUACUGCUCAAUAUUACUUAUUGGAUUCGAAAAACAAUAUAGUUUUAUUCAUAGAUAUAGUUUGACCAUGUAGUUAUACCAGGGCAGUAGCCAGAGUGAUUUAAAGGUAGGGCAGUGGUAAUUACAGGUAGGAAAUAUUGAUUGCACAAGUGAAACUGCAGGGUACCUCUAGUUUUCUCAUAAACUAAAACAAUGUGAGAAUUGUUAGCCUUCCAUUUAUAAAUUUUAAUUUGUUUAUGGGAUUGAAUAAGAAGUUCCUUUUAUUCACUGAAUCAGAGCCGGAUAUAUCAUAAUGGCUUAUUGGGCUUCAGCCCAGGGUCUCAUGGAUUCAAGGGGCCCCCAGCUAAGUCAAGUUUAGUCAAAAAUAGACGAUAAUGCAAAAGAAUCCAUAAUUUUAUUAAACAGAUCGUAUAGUUUGCAGCACUGCAAUUAAUUAAAACAAUUCAAUUCAUUAAAUUCAAGUCUACUUUCAGGUGUUGGUACUUUGAACUGGCAGUUAAAAUGUUCAGCUGCAAUUACACAUUCAUCUCAAUUUGUGCUCAGCUGUUUCCCUCCCAGACUGAGUCUCUUUCUAUCUUGCUAGAAUUAUUUAUAAGUACCAUUAUUUAUCAUUCUUAAUUAUUUAUAACUAGCAGGAUAGAAAGAAAAAGUUUUGUUUUGGAGAAAUGUAGCGAAUCGUGAUCCAGAUUGAAUGUGUAAUAGCCGCCUAUGGGUUAGCAACCCUGAACUCCCGGUAUGCAUUUCUAUCAAUCGAAAGCACCCGGUUAUUAUUGCGAUGAUGUGAAUGAAUAUUUAGUCAAAGAAUGCAUGCACCCAAUUUAAAACUUAUUUGCUUCAGUCGGCAGUCCUACUUGUCUUGCAUAGACAUUUUUACGAUUAUUUAUGAAAAGAAGCUUGUUGACGUAUUCCGAACUGCUAUACAAUGUUAAAAAUAUAUUUAACCUUGCCAAUCACAAACAACUUUUCCAGGAUGUCAUAUAUGCAGAAUAAAUACAGAACAAUGAUGUCAAACUAACAACUUAACCAUUUAUCCAUAAAUAUUAAUUUAACUAAGAACCUAGAAUGUGAGAAGCAAAUUAAAGAAUUUGCUAAAGAGAAGUGCGGAAAGGUUAUAAUUUGUCAAUUUAUUUAUGGUUGUAUGACACUAAGGCAUAAUAUAUUAUAAUAUAAAUUUAAUAUUUUACAGUCUCAUUUUCUAUACUUUGAUGUAUUUAGAUGGGCCCCUAAGUAGUAUUAGCCCAGGGCCCCCUAAACUCAGUCUGGCCCUGCACUGAAUUCAGAGUUAUUAAAAGAUUGGAGUGCUCUACUAUCUGACAAACAGGAGACACUGUCAUUGGGCUGUGAAAUUAAAAUAAGUAAACUUUCUACAGUUCCUACAAUAUAUUAAAUAUCUUCACUCUUCUUGUUCACUUAGUAACCCAACACUGAUAUAUUUAGAUAUAAAGGUAGUUUAAAUACUAGAUUAUUAGCUAUUUGCACCAUAACAAAAACAACUUAAUACAGGAAUUAGUUUAAUGUAAUUAGUAAAUACAAAUUCAAUGUUAUUGGAGACUUUUCAAAUUGUGUUACACAAAAGCGCAGUGAAUACAUAACCCUCCUUAGUAAUACUUAUCAAGCUUUUAUUUUCAUUUUCCCUAGAUCAUUUUUUAGUUUAUUUAAGUUUUCUUGCAAAGCCUCUUGUUUAUUUUCUAAUGCCGAAAUGUGAUCAUCUGUUCUUUUCAUUUCUUUAUUAAUGUAUUCCAUUCGUUUCGCAACAUUUUGUCUGGCUUCUUCCAAAUCCUGCUUUAUUAAGACUGGCCCUAUUAAUUUAUACACUUCUGCAUCUUUUUUGAGUAACAUCAAUUCUUCUUUGACUGCUUUAUUUUCGUUCAACUGGCUAUCUAGUUGCUGCUUUUGGGCCAUAGCCUUAUGAUAUUCCUUUUGAACUCCAUUAAAAAUUUCGAGUUCCUUUUGAAGUUUUUUCUGGAUUUCUUCAGUCAUGAUUUUCAAAAAUUGUUUAAUAUUUUAUUGGAAUUGUUAUAGUUCACCUACAAAUAACGAAUAUUAGCGAUUACGAAUCCAAUUGAAAAAGGUUAUUUUUUGCAAUGCCAAAAUUCAUUCCGUUUCUGACACUGACGUUUA